UACUUUGGUGGGGUCUCGGGAGUUGGGCGAGCCUCGUCGAGACGCGCGAAACCGGAGACUUCAGUUGUCACUGUGACACCAGUGGAACAACGUUAUGUUGUGUAACUUUCCAACCAAGAAUUUUAGUUAUAUUAAAUCAUUUCCACUGCUACUCGCGCGUUGUUUAUUUUCUUAAAAAAAUACGAUGUUCUUGCGUUAAAGUAGCAUUUCAAUCGAGUUUCAUCGGAUCUGAUUCAACAAGUGUUCUUCAUGUGCUUCGUGCAAUUUUUCAAUCAAAAUACACUUCUUUGGAACAGUUAAUAUCGUGGAAUAUCUUGAAAAAGAAGUUCGAUUGACGUGAAGUUGAAGUGUCUUUAAAUAUUUUUUUCUCGUUUAAUGAUUUUUUCCUGUAUAAAAUAAUCAACGAUGAAGAGAAAUAAUAAUCUGUGUUCAAUUAUAUAAUCAGACGUUCAGUGAGUUUAAUUGUACUUUUUGUCUACAUUUAAUCAAUCAAGGAAUUGCACAUAAACGCGCGAUAAAUCUUGCAAGGAUCGAUAUCCGUGGUAUGGAAAGGAAAUUAGUGAACGAGUUUACAACUUUCCACAGAACCUAGACGUUUAUGGGGUGACAGAUAACGGGCGCACGUGACCGAUCACGUGGAUAGAACAUCAGGGAAAUCGAGGAACGCAGAUCGUGACAAUUCUCCGGCAAUUCGUUCAAAGCUAGAUAAAGAAUUCAGCGCGUGACUUAUGGCGCAUCGAAGAAGAUUAAGAGAAAUUUCCCCUUGAUCUAUUGCUUGCAAAUCGACUGUUGAUUCAUACAACGGUCAUAAGACGCAGGUGUGCUUCCGGGAAGUGCGAAAUUUGCGGUUCGAAGAACGAACAGAUGUAAUUUCUUUACUCAUCGUAAAAGGAAACGUUAACAUGAGCUGACACGAAUAAUAUUCAGCCGCUGGAAGUGGUAAAAAAGAAAAAGGAAGAAGUGCAUGCGCGCGCAGCCCUUAGAUCCGACGAUAUACGUUGGUAGCAUAAUGCAGCCUGACGAAGAGAUUCAGUACGCGCCAAGGAGCCGUCCUGUUAGCUUUUAUGACAAUUUUAAGGACGUGCCAAUGGUGGCACCUUGCGUGACUUCCGCUCUAAGCGCCGACAAUUUGAAUCAGGUUCGUGACAACGGUAUCAGCUCGUCGAUGGCCACGGCCAAUAACAACAAUAACAAUAAUCGAGUGAGUAGCGCAGUCAGUGCUGGUAACGUGUCGAAGAUUCAGAACACCAAGGUCACAGGAGCUGUGUCAACAGGGAACAUUGGAAAAAUCUAUCGAGAAGGAAAGGAGUUAGGUCGUGCCCCAUCAAUGGCCAAUUGUUUGUCAACUACGGUUCCCGUUAAUCUGGCAGCCGCUCAAAUUGCUGGUCGCCACACACCCACGAGAAAUUCCCUCAGGCAUAGCAGAAUGAUCGUUUUGCAUCGUAGCGGCCAUCGACCACAAAAAUUCCUGCCGCCACUGGUUUAUCACUGGCGAUUAGGCCGAUGUCUAGCGGCGUUGCAAACGAUCCUCGGUGUAGCCAUUACUUCAUUAUCAUUAUGGUUAUUGCUGUGGGCACCUCAUCUACCUGUCGCAGAUAAUCCUUACUGGAGUGGAAUGCCGUUAUUACUUUCGGGUAGCUUUGGUAUUUGUUUACUCUGCUGUUUUAAGAAGGAGUACCCCGGCCUGAGUCCCGGGUUUUGUCUCACAUCGACUAAGCUAAUUAGUGUAUUAUUAGCAACGUUGGCGACAGUGACCUGUUCUAUCGCGUGUGUAUUCUCCGCGAUACACCUGGCACGUUUAAUGGGCCUAGAAUGCAAUCCGGCGCGCGUAUUGAACGCUACAUGCGUGUGCAAGCCUCGUGAGAAUGCGUCGAAUUCCACCGAAACGGCAGUCAGAUACAUGGAUCUGAAUUGUCCCGAAGUCGAAAGUAUUCUGACCAUUCUUCUGAUCUUCUCUUCCACUUGCAACGCCUUUGGGGCCGUAGUGGCCAGUUGGUAUACUUAUCUACAUUGGAGUACCAGGCACAAAAGGCCGAAGUACAUGCAAGUCAGGACCAAUCCGACCCGUGGGAAUAACUUUCUCAGUAACAGGCCGAUAUACAAUCCGAAUCUGAACGAACGAUGACAGCCUUCACUUAAUACCGACCAACAUACUUCGUAUCUUCGUUAUUCAUCGCUAACGGUGGAUGACGAGGCGUUCGAAGAACUUUCGAAGCUGAUACCAACAGGAUUUCUUCAGGAAAUGUGCAAUUAAUGUACAAACGACAGUAACGAUGGUUUUAUUUAAAUGGUUUAAUUCGUUGGGGAGGCUUUUUAACAUGUAUGUUUUUAAAUUACGAUGACAAAUUAAUAACGAGACACUUCCGUUUAUUACGGAUAUAUAUUGAAAGUAAAAUAUCGAAAUACGUGUGAACUAGUCUCAGCUGAAUAGAAUAGUUCUGCGAGUGGUUCCUGAGCGAAAGGUCGUAAUGUAUUAACUUUUUAAGAAAGAUUCGAAUGAUCGUUCUUCUGGUAAUUGAGAAGAAAUCGUGGUAGUAAUCAACAUGAAUAGGAUAAGGAUCGUUUCAUUGAAUUUACUCAUUUAACAAGUUUCUUAAUGUGUUCUUGAUAGUUAUUAUACGAUAAUUAAGAUACACAUUGCUAUACAUAUAGUAGCACUGUAUAUAUAUAGUGUAAUAAUUUAUUAUCUUCUUAAAAAAGGUGAACGCAAAUUUGAUUUAACAUGUUGAAUCUUAUAAUACUAUUUUUAAACUUUAUCGAAGCUGUCGAUAUUACAUGAUACGGUGAUAUAGAAAAACAAAGCUAAACAAAACUGAAUUAAAAUAAAUUAUCUUUUAUUGAAAAAUAAAGUAUUAAGAUGGUUACAUAUCAUUAACAUAAAAUUAAUGAAGAAGAGACAAACUUUUUUGAUGGUAGAGACAUAUUUACAAGAACAUAUAUAGAACAAUGGCAAAUUCAAUUUCUACAAAGAUAUCAAUACUAUCACGAUCGAAUAACGCGCGAUUAAUCUCUAAUCGUGUAGAUCGCCAGUAUUUUAGAUGUAAUUAGCGUGCAUGAAUGUCUCGUGUGCAUGAAUUUGUACGUGUACGUGUUUGUAACGUGAACAACAAGUAAAUUAAGAGGACGAACGGAACUCUUUUUAACUUGUGUACUUGAAUGUCAUCGAUUUUAUACCUCAUCGCGACUAGUGAAGUUUAGAAAAGAAUAGAUUUUAAUUCGUAAAUUAUAUCGUAAUGUGUGCACGUUGGAAGAAGAAUUUGUCAAAUCUUAAUAAAAGUGGACGAAUGAAUCAAUACAGUAUUCGUAAGGCCUGGCUGAAUAAAAUUGACGUGUUUGUA